ACUGUAAAAAUUGGAGGGUAUUGAAAGGGUAUAACUAGUUGUGUAUGGUAUAAUUUUCAGUGAAAUACCCCUAACUUCAACAAUACCCUUCUUAACCACGAGGAAGGGUAUUUAAAAUCAAGAAUAGACCCUCUAUGAGACAUAGCAAUAAAUAUGUGUGGAGGCUUUUUUAUUUUAGGCUAUGAAUUUCAAUGUUACUCUUUAUUAAAUCUCAGCAUUUGUACACUGAGUAUAUACUGCGACAAAAGACACGAUAAAAACGUAUUGUUUUCGAGAUAUCGAUAGAUUUGAGAAGAGACAUUAUCAUGCGCUGCAGUACUUGGCAGGAGCUGCAUGCAUAAUUGCCAAAGGUCGCUUGAACAGUCCAUCGCCCCGGUCGCAGAGCUAGGAGCGCGGGAAGCCAGUGCCACCACCCAUCAGUGCUAGUGUCGGAGUGUUGUGGAGUGCCUCAUCAUUAUUUUCGUUUUACAAGCCUACUGACACAGGAUUUCAUCAAUAUCAACUAUACCAGAAGUAAUGGUGUCGGUGUCGACCUGGGGCACUGCUGAAGUUAGUGACUGGCUAACAAGAAUAGGACUACACAACUAUGUUCAAGUUUUUAUAGGUCUGUAGAGGAGCAUAAUGCCUAAAGUCAAAGCCCAUCCACUUCCUUGUCCAUUUUGUAAAGUACCAACUUAUAAUUUCAGCCAGUAUACAAAACACUUGCAGAUAUAUCAUGAGCAUGAAAACAAAUUUAAAAUCAGCUGUCAUGAUUCAGACUGCAAGAAAACAUUUACAAGGGUGUUUCCUUAUAUAAUUCAUAAUAAAAGGAAUCAUGCAACAAAAGAAUUCCUUGACUAUGCAGCAGAAGUUUCACACUCAGAGAAAAUAAACAAUACUGGGAAAACAGAAUGUGAACAUAUCGAAGUAAAUAAUCCAACUGAAAGCAAACGUGGUGAAGAUCAAGAGAGCGUUAAAGAGGAGUUUACAAUGCAUUUUGCAAAGUAUUUACUCCGUUUAAAAGAAAGACACAUGCUACCCGACAAUGUUCAAAGGUCGCUCAUUUCGGAGCUAGAAUUUUUUCUGAACUUUUCAGAUAAUAUAUACAAGAAAAUAAUAGAUCAGUGUUUCUUAGAAGAAAAUGGAAGUUACCCCAAAAAUUCCCAAACUUACAAAGCUUUGAAGACUCAGGGACCAUUGUUUGAUGAGGAAAUAAAUGCAGUCAACAGUAAGUUCAAACUGAGAAGCUAUAUUGCAGCAAACUUUCCUUAUGUAAGUCCACAAGCUUUUUAUUUAUCUGUUCAUGACAGAGCGUCCAUAUAUCAUUAUGUACCAGUAAUAGAGAUGCUGAAAGCAGUGCUCUCAAGAAUAGAUGUACAAAAGCAAAUACAACAAAAUGAACAUAGCUAUCAUCACCCUAAUGUGUUAUAUGACACUUGUGAUGGUGAGUGCAGUAAUACUGUUGACUGCUUAUCAAACCCCAUCAAACUUCACAUGUAUAUUGAUGAAUUUGAGAUUUGCAAUCCAAUUGGUUCAAAGCGAGGGGAGUAUAAAUUGACAGCAGUGUAUUUUGCAAUUGGAAAUCUGCCCAAAAUUUUUAGAAAUAAAGAGGACACCAUAUUUUUAUGCCUACUGGUUAGGCAUAAAUUCUUGAAAUUAUAUGAUCCUACGUACCAAAAACUUUUUCAACCUUUAAUAACAGACUUACAAACUCUACAAAAUGGCAUUGAGUAUGAUGCAGGCUUCAAGAAACUUAAAUUUACAGCCGUGCUAGAGUUCGUGUUGGGAGACAAUUUGUCGUCCCAUGCUGUGGCUGGAUUUCAGACAAAUUUUAAUUCAGGCUCAUUCUGUAGGUUUUGUUCUAUAAGAUAUUCUGAGUUCAGGAACACAUUAUGCAUAUCUAAAUUAAGAGAAAGGAAUAGUGUUGCCUAUGCUCAUCAAAUAAAGUUCAUUGAUAAAAUGCAGCAGAUGCAGCUAUAUAUGGCAUUAAGCAUAGGUGUGCUUUGUCUCAACUGA